AUGAGUUUGUACCUUCCUAUUGGCUACCCUGGACAAAAUCAGCCCCAUCCUAGACGUCUUUGCUACUUGGCUGCGAUUUGGCGAGAUUUCUCCAUGAUGUCACGCCUGGGAAUGUCAACACCAGGUCAUCCCCAUCGAGGGUGGGAUUUGUGGAUUGUCAGUACAACAAUGGUAAUUGUGGCUGGCCUCUUUGUCUGCGCUCGAUUAAUUGGCAGAUACAUACGGGGAGGAUUUCAGAUUGACGACUAUAUGAUCAUUGCUGCCUUGAUCAAUUCUAUCAUGCUUUCAAUCUCUGAAAACAUGGCCGUGGCUCAUGGGUACGGGAGGCAUGCGUUUGAUUUGACGAAGGAGGAAAAAAUACUAGCUUUGAAGUGGGCUUUUGCCGCCCAAGUGUUUUACAAAAUCGUCAUUACACUGGCUAAGAUGUCCAUACUAUUCCUUUACAUGCGCAUAUUCUAUAUCGAGCGGUAUAUGCGCUGGGCGUGUAUUUCCCUCACCAUCUUUAUCGGAGUGCAUGGAAUCGCUUUUGUACUCACAACAAUCUGGCAAUGUGACCCCAUGGCCGGCUUCUGGGACAAAUCCAUUCCUGGCUUUCACUGCGUGAACAACCACCAGUUCUGGUUGUCGUUUUCCGUUAUCAACAUCUCCACGGAUGUGGUGAUAUUAGUUCUUCCCGUGCAAGCAGUCCUUCGCCUCAAACGCCGCUGUCGGGAAAAGUCCGGGCUAGUAUUAGUUUUCUCAUUGGGAGCAUUCAUUUGCGUCACGAGCAUCAUCCGAGUUACCACUCUCGCUUCAUCUUCCAUAUCAAAGGACGUGACCUGGGCCGCCAUUCCCGCCACAAUCUGGAGCGUUAUCGAAUGUAACACGGGUAUAAUAUGUGCCUGUCUCCCCAUGAUCCGCCAACCGCUCUCCAUCAUUUUCCCUUUUCUCACUGCCAGCUCCUCCAACAACGGCUCCGCAGCUCGUGACCUCCCGUUUCCUUCCCAGGGGGCGAAUAUGAAAGGCCUCAGUCACGCAACACACUCAACCCAUUCAGCAAAUUUCACGUCCAGCUGGAUAGAGAUAGAUAUGACAGACGACAACUUCCAAAACAAGCCGUCCCCGACCGACGAAGCCAACGGGAACGAGCAGGUCCCAUCUAACAAUAGCAAAGAAGAGAUGAUAUCGGUAGAUGUUCGGGAGGACCGAAAUGGUAAUGCUCAGCAGCCUGAGAGGCCUGGUUCUCAACGAUGA